GCGUGAUCCACUGGGGCCUAUUGAAUAGAAAAACUCGACAACCAAAACAACCAAACGACUCGUGGCGAAUAGACUACUUAGUGGGAGGGUUCUGGUUAAUGGGCGACUAUGGACGAGAGGGUUGAGAGACUGUGAAGAGGAUUGAGAGAGGUAUGGUGAUAUUGGAGUGAGGCACUUGGAAAAUCAACUGAAGGAUUACAAAGGAUUCGAGUUAUUUGGGGGAUAUUGAGGAUGAACAAUCAGGCGUUCAGCUUGGCCGAGAGGCUCAUCCCUUCGACGUAUGUGCAGCAGGGAUUGAAUGCUAAGAAAACCAGGGAAAACCUUAUUCGACAUUUUAUCGAACAUCGAAAGUGGCCAGAAGAGGGAUGGGACGAUGCAACAAUCGAGGCAUUCCUCUCAGACUUAUCUCAAAUGGACAGCAACAAUUUCCCCCUGAAUUGCAGUGUUGGAGAACGCGAGUCACGUAUAGUAUCGAAUCUCGUUGCGAGACGUCAUUUUCGAAUGGGGCACGGUAUUGGGAGAUCCGGGGAUCUUGAGGAAGUCCAGCCGAAAGCUGCAGGAAGCAGUCUAAUGUACAAACUAACUAAUGCACUUGUCCUCGAAGUAAUUCGAUACAUGGGAGUGAAAAGCAUAGCUGGAUGCUUUCUCUCUCCCAUGGCCACAGGGAUGAGUCUCGUUCUCUGCAUGCUCACUCUGAAACAGGACCGACCCCGAGCAAAAUACGUCCUUUGGCCUAGAAUCGACCAAAAGUCCAGUUUCAAAUCGAUAAUAACAGCGGGAUUGGAGCCGAUAGUUAUCGAGAUGCAGAUUAUCGGCGAUGAAUUGAAGACCGAUAUGCAAAGACUAGAAUCUCAAAUGGCUGCGUUAGGAGAAAGCAUCGCCUGUGUAUUAUCGACGACAAGUUGUUUCUCCCCAAGGGCCUGUGAUUCGGUCGAUCUUAUUGCUGCAUUGUGCACUCAGUAUAAUAUUCCACAUCUGGUCAAUAAUGCUUAUGGAUUACAAAGUACCAGAUGCAUGCAUCUGAUCCAAGAGGCAUCUAGGAAAGGCCGAGUUGAUGCAUUUGUCCAAAGUACAGAUAAGAAUUUCCUGGUGCCAGUGGGUGGUGCAGUGAUAGGUUCAUUCGAUAAAAACCUACUAGAUCGAAUUUCAAAGAUGUAUCCAGGCCGGGCAAACGCGAGCUCGACGAUGGACGUAAUGAUAACAUUGUUGAGUCUAGGAAUGGCUGGGUACAAGCAGCUGAUAGCCCAGAGAAAGGAGAUGUACGCUUAUCUGAAAGAGGAGCUUGGGAAACUGGCCACAAGGCACGGGGAGAGACUCCUAGAUACCAAGGGGAAUCCCAUAUCAAUGGGCAUGACACUUCAGUGCUUGAGUCAUCAGCAUGACCACAAGCAAGUCACCAUGCUGGGCUCCAUGCUGUUCGUCAGGAACGUCAGCGGGGCCAGAGUUAUAACUACCACUGAUGUUAAACACGUGGUAUCACAUAAAUUCGAGGGCUGGGGAGCCCACAACAGUAAUUACCCAAUACCAUAUCUGACAGCAGCUGCAGCUCUGGGGAUGAAACGUUUGGACGUUGAUGCAUUUAUCCAACGUCUGGACAAGGCCUUGACGAAAGUCCGAAGGCGUUCAGCCCCUGUAACACCGACAGCCUCUCUAGCUGGUUCGAGUAUCAACGGUGAUGCAAGCAAUCCUGGUGGACCUGGUGAAUCUUCCACCGCGUCCACCAGCCGAGCGAGUAGCAAAGACAGCCUGCGAAAAUGAACCGUAAUCAACGCAACUGGCCAGUCCAAUCAGCACAUUAACAUCAACUUGUAAAUGAUGAAUUUUCUGUGCUGAUUGGUCUGUCCAAUUGCGUUGAGAUACCGAGUUAAUUAAAUCUGGGGAAAAAUGAGCUCAAAGGUGCGCUUUGAGAGGACGAAGCGCUGGUCGCUCGACGAUUUUUAACGAUUUCACCAUUAUUACGUUCUCUCAACACUCAUUUGUUAUUAAUCUUCAUGAUUGAGUUUCAUUGUCAAACAAUUGUAUGUAAUUCGGCAUUUCAAUUUUUUUUCUAACGCACCUUUUGCAUUUUUAUUUCAUUUUCACGUGUAUGAAAUAAUUCAGUACAGUGCACUUUAUAGAACAAUUCGCAAAUUUCGGGGCGAAGUCUCUGGAAAAUCUAUUAAUUUUUUUGGAUGAUUCUAUGACAAGUUUUGGAUAGGAAAAAGUCAGUGGAUUUGGAUUUUUCUAUGUUUAUAUUCUCUUGGGAUACUUUCUGUAUGGAUGAAAAAUCUCUUGAGAAAAAUUCAAACAGAAAAAUCAAAAUAUUUCAACUUUUUUCUAUCGAAUGUACAAUCAAAUUAGCGAAAAGGGCGAUUAAAAAGUUAUUUGUAGUUUUUAGAGAGUUCCAAUGGAAAUUCAAGUGAAUUUUCAAGGAAAAUACUGGGAUUUUCUAUGGAAUUUAUUUCACAGGUGAAAAUGACGGAACGGCAGGAUACGAUGAGACUUUUGGGGUUUUAUUGAAUAUGGAAUUAUUUUGGUGAGGGGCUAGGGAAAAGUGAGAAGAAAUUGUCAGAAAAUCACUCACUCAUUACUUCGAUUUAAAAGCCCUUGUUCUAGAGGUAAUUGCAGUGUUGAGGGCUUUUUUCACUACUUUACCUGGGUAUGAAUAGUUUUCUAUUUUACAAUUUUAAGUGAAACCGACUGGAAAUCAAAUGAUAAAGAUCGAUGCGUAAGCAAUAAAAAUAACGAGAGAAUUAGAUCUAUGGGUGAAGUCACUGAGAAAAAAAAAAUGAAGAAAGACACGAAAUAAAUUCACAAAUGGAUAUCGCUCCUUCUCGACACAAUGAAUUGUAAAUUGGAAUAAAACGAGAGGGUUCAGUUAAUUAGACAGCUUCUGGAGGUUGAUAAUUAGCGUAGAUUUUUUUUACCUCACUCCACUUUGAUUACUGCUCCGUCAGAAUAGAUGCAUCUCCUGGGAAGUGAUAAAAUGCGAUAAAUCGAAUUUUACACUUUUGUUAUUUUUUUAUUUAACUUGGGGAAUUAGGCUCUAGAGGGGAAUAUCUGAGGAUCUUCCUGUAGUUGAGGAAAUUCCUGACCAAAAAUGUCUGACAUUAUCUCCCAAAACUACUCAUUACCAUUUCAAUCGACAUUUAAUGGUACAUAGAAAUUGAAUGGUCGAUUUGUCGUAUUUUUUCAUUUCCCUUCUCAGAGAGUUAAUGAAAAAUAAUGAAGGGAGCAUGAGGCGUUGAGUGUCGCCUGCAUUUAGGAUUAGAGAUUAAAAUUAAUCACACGCAUCAAAGAAUUAGCUCUACUAAACCUAAACCGAAAAUUAAACAAUUAAGAAAUGAGAAUUAAACAAAAAAGUGGUAGAGAGUAAAUUUCAAUGAGAGGUAGGAAUAUUGCAUGAAUUAGGUGAGCAGAGAAGAGAGAGAAAGAGGGCCUGGAGCCUAGGUGAGAACUAGAUGGAUCAUUGAGCAUUGAAAUCUCAAUGGCUGAGAAGCUAUAGAACACAUUAGAUAGUGGAAAUUUGUUAUUAAUUUGAAUGAAUAUAGCCUUUACACGUUGUUAGUUAUAUCUGUGCUAAUAAUGUUUACAAAAUUUAAAUUCAAUUAAGCCUAGCUCAAUACUCAAAUUUUUAUCCCUACGUUUAUCAAUGUUAACAAUGUUUAUUUAUUUUUUUAUAGAUAUUAGAAGUGGCUUUGCAAGUAAGGGAGUAAGUAGAUGCAAUUAGUUGAUUUAUUUCUGUGGGGAAGUGGUACUAACAUUUUUUUUCAAUAUCUCGAGAAUUAAUGGAUUUAGAAGAAAAUAUUAGAAUUUUUCUUGAACAAUUCCCUCUGAUGAUUUCUUCUAGAUUUGUCAGUUUUGUGAGUAUUUUUGCAAUAAUGUCAUCCCUUCUCUGCAGAUAUCGAAUCACUUAAUAACAAUAAAAAAAUGAAUUCUGACGAUGAAAUAAUAAUGUUAUCGAGUGACUGUAUUGUAAAGAAUGUUAACUGAGUAAUUGAUCAAUUAAUCACACGCAGAAUAAAUCAAUACAAUAAGUACUGUCAGACAAAUGAAAAUUUUUGCAAAAAGUACUUGAAAAUUAUCCUAUGUAAAUAAUAUAUUGGUUCGACCAAUUAUUUCAUUCCACUCCUCGACACGAUAUUAUUUAUAAUCUCUUUACUACAAUCACGAUUUAUCCAAAACAAUGAGGAAGAAAUGAGGUAAUUAAAAGUUAUAUUAAUGAAAGUUGCGCUCAUCGAAGAGUUGUACAACGAUUGGAAAGGCCUAAGUUUCAAAAGUUGACGUUUAAAAAUGAAAAACCGUAUAAAAACCCUGAAAAUUUAUUGCUCUACGGUGAAUUUUGCAAUUGAACGAAGGAGUAUUGUAUAUAAAUAAUAUUAAAUCUACGGAAUAAGUACGAGGAGGAAAAGCAAAAAGUGAAUCCAUACGAGACAUUCCAUUAUUAAAAUUGCAAAACAGCAGAGAAAACAUCUGCUAUUUAUAAUCGUAGUACUAAAACAAUACGAAUUCGAAACCUAUAUAACGAAUUAGAUACGAAAUAAAUGAAUAAAUCAGAGAUUAUGCAUCAGAACAAUUUUAGGAGAUAAAUGUACAAGCUCUUCCCAGAAAAAGCAAGAAAAAUUAUAACAAUUAAGGAUGUAAUUUCAAAAAGAUACUAGUGACAUUCGUUAUGAACUUCAGUUCAGGUCCAAGCGAGUAUUUUCUCAUUUUACAUUAAUUUGGAGAGACAAUUGCUUUAUUUUCAGUUGCUAUUCGCGAAUGAAAGAUGAUGGACCUCACCUUUAUUUGUGAUAAUAAAGAAA